ACUGGGCACUGGACCUUUGAUAUACCUUUCCAGAAAGAUGUCCUCUGUCUAUCCACCCACAAGUUGUGGCGUUUCCUGCCUGAGGGGUUUUUACCCUUUGUUUCUUGAGGUCGCUGUAUUUAUUUCAUAUUUCUUUCUGUUGUGUCCCAGGAGCUUCUGUUGACUAUCCCAGUUCCCGAGAGAACCCUUCUGGCAAUGUUGAGGCCUGAGCUCCCUUCUCUGACAUGCCAUCAGCCAUGAACGGAUGGGUGUAAUGCCUGCUGGCUCAAAGGGGUCCUUCCGUGUGUUGCGGUCUUGUGGCGUUCUGCAGGCCCCCUGCCAGUGACCCCAGGCUUUUUAUGGCUGUGAGACUCAUUAAAAGCUCAGGGGUGAGAAGUGACCUUUUGAGGUGACUAUAACUGAAGAGUGAAUUACAGAAGCCCCCCCAAAAAAAACAAAAACAAAAAAACAAAAAAAAGGUUUUUGAGUCAUGAUGCAAGAAUCUGGGUCUGAGACCAAAAGUAACGGAUCAGCCAUCCAGAACGGGUCCAGCGGUGGCAACCACUUGCUAGAGUGCGGGGCACUUCGUGAAGGCCGAUCCAACGGGGAGGCACCAGCGGUGGAUCUGGGGGCAGCCGACCUUCCCCACGUCCAGCAGCAGCAGCAGCAGGCCCUGCAGGUGGCAAGGCAGCUCCUCCUUCACCAGCAGCAGCAGCAGCAGCAGCAGCAACAACAACAACAGCAGCAGCAACAACAGCAGCAGCAGCAGCAGCAGCAACAGCAGCAGCAGCAACAGCAGCAGCAGCAGCAGCAGCAGCAGCAGCAACAGCAAGUUAGUGGAUUAAAGUCUCCCAAGAGGAAUGACAAGCAACCAGCUCUUCAGGUUCCCGUGUCAGUGGCUAUGAUGACACCUCAGGUUAUCACUCCUCAACAAAUGCAGCAGAUCCUCCAGCAGCAAGUGCUGAGCCCCCAGCAGCUCCAGGUUCUCCUCCAGCAGCAGCAGGCCCUCAUGCUUCAACAGCAGCAGCUUCAAGAAUUUUAUAAAAAACAACAGGAACAGUUGCAGCUUCAACUUCUCCAACAGCAACAUGCUGGAAAACAGCCGAAAGAGCAGCAGCAGGUGGCCACCCAGCAGUUGGCUUUCCAGCAGCAGCUUCUCCAGAUGCAGCAGCUGCAACAGCAGCACCUCCUGUCUCUGCAGCGUCAAGGCCUUCUAACAAUCCAGCCGGGGCAGCCUGCCCUUCCCCUCCAGCCCCUUACCCAAGGCAUGAUUCCAACGGAACUGCAGCAGCUCUGGAAAGAAGUGACAAGUGCCCACGCUGCGGAGGAGAGUACAGGCAGCAACCACAGCAGCCUAGACCUGACCAGCACGUGCGUCUCGUCCUCGGCACCUUCCAAGACCUCCCUAAUCAUGAACCCGCACGCCUCUACCAAUGGACAGCUCUCAGUCCACACUCCCAAGAGGGAAAGCUUGUCCCAUGAGGAGCACCCCCACAGCCAUCCUCUGUAUGGACAUGGCGUAUGCAAGUGGCCAGGCUGCGAAGCGGUUUGUGAUGACUUCCCGGCCUUUCUAAAACAUCUCAACAGUGAGCAUGCGCUGGACGAUAGAAGCACAGCUCAAUGUAGAGUACAAAUGCAGGUUGUACAGCAGUUAGAGCUACAGCUCGCGAAAGACAAAGAACGCCUGCAAGCCAUGAUGACCCACCUGCACGUGAAGUCUACAGAACCCAAAGCUGCCCCUCAGCCCCUGAAUCUGGUAUCAAGUGUCACCCUCUCCAAGUCCGCAUCAGAGGCUUCUCCGCAGAGCUUACCUCAUACUCCGACCACCCCAACCGCCCCCCUGACUCCCGUCACCCAAGGCCCCUCUGUCAUCACCACCACCAGCAUGCACACGGUGGGGCCGAUCCGCAGGCGGUACUCAGACAAAUACAACGUGCCCAUUUCUUCAGCAGAUAUCGCGCAGAACCAAGAAUUUUAUAAGAAUGCAGAAGUUAGACCACCAUUUACGUAUGCAUCUUUAAUUAGGCAGGCCAUUCUCGAAUCUCCAGAAAAGCAGCUAACACUAAAUGAAAUCUAUAACUGGUUCACACGAAUGUUUGCUUACUUCCGACGCAAUGCAGCCACGUGGAAGAAUGCAGUGCGUCAUAAUCUUAGUCUUCACAAGUGUUUUGUGCGAGUAGAGAACGUUAAAGGGGCAGUAUGGACAGUGGAUGAAGUAGAGUUCCAAAAACGGAGGCCACAAAAGAUCAGUGGUAACCCCUCCCUUAUUAAAAACAUGCAGAGCAGCCACGCCUACUGCACACCUCUCAAUGCAGCUUUACAGGCUUCCAUGGCUGAGAACAGUAUACCUCUGUACACUACCGCGUCCAUGGGCAACCCCACUCUGGGCAACCUGGCCAGUGCCAUCCGGGAGGAGCUCAACGGGGCCAUGGAGCACACCAACAGCAACGAGAGCGACAGCAGUCCGGGCCGAUCCCCUCUGCAAGCCGUGCAUCCCGUACACGUCAAAGAGGAACCCCUCGACCCCGAGGAAGCUGAAGGGCCUCUGUCCUUAGUGACAACAGCCAACCAUAGUCCAGAUUUUGACCAUGACAGAGAUUACGAAGAUGAACCAGUAAAUGAGGACAUGGAGUGAACCUCUGGACGGGCCGACCCCCGAGACCGAAGAUUGGGAAAAAGAAAAAAAAAAAAGAAAAAAAAAAAGAAAAACAAAACAAAUUAAAACAAACAAACCACGUCAAAAGUUAGCAGUGAAGCCGCCCUCCGCUUGUUGUACAGUCUGGAGGAUUUUCGCUACAUUUUGACGACUCUGAAAUGUGUUAACUCUUAGUGCCAUCAAGAAUCCCAUUUGGGAGUAUUUUUGAUUUUUCUACUUUUUGUUGACAAAAGGGAUUUGUACUCUGUGCAUUGGACGGACCUGUUUGGUACUUGGGAUUUUCCUCUCUGAGUCAACAUCAGUGUUGUAAAUUUGAUAAACGGAUCGACUUUUAGCAGCAGACUUUGAACUGCAGUUCUGUCCCGCCAGCCCCGGACAUCCAGGACACCCCGACUGAGCUCGCGCGCCUGCGCUGCAGACCAAGCCUUCGCCCGAUUCAAGACUCCAGUGGACGACCUAUUUGCACAGCACUGCAUGUUGAUAUCACUGCCUUUACUCACUUUGGGUUUUUUUGUUUUGUUUUGUUUUUGUUUUCGUUUUUUGCUUCCAGUUGGGAUGGGGGAAGGCCUUUGUGUGUGUAUUGGGGGGAGGGGUUAAAAAUAAUUAUCCCAAACUUUUUAAUGUAUUGCAAUUUUUUUUUCUUUUUUUUUUUUUUUUUUUUUUUUUUCGCUUCUUCUAUACCAUUUUAAGUUCUGACCUCAGGCCUCCAUUUGGGCCCACGGCCUCUUGGAGGCUUCACAUUUUCUGUACCUUGUGAUGAAUGUUAAUAGGUGUUUUUAUUAUACAAAGCUGAAUGUCAUUUCUCGUCUGUAGUUUUCUGGCACUCAUUCCAUUUUCCUAUAGACAUCACCAUGUUUCUCUCAAGUUUCAAAAAAAAAAAAAAGCAAACAAAACAAAA